UUUCGUAGAGGUAACAUCGAUUUGUUGACGUUUUUCUACUAUUUGUCUUUUUAGAACGCGCUACAAAAAGAGAACGGUUCUUCUGCUCUAGUGCAUUGUGAACACGAGUAAGGAAAUUAAGUGCAUUGUGUUGCAGCAAGAAUUUCGAUAAUUAGUAGUUUCUGGUAAACGAGAAUAAACUUUUCUGACCAUGAUGUCAUGUUAAGAAUGUGGUGGUAGAUUUUAGUAUCAAUCAUUUAUUAAACAUCGCGGAUGAGGGUACCCGGUAUAGAUAAACAAUGCUCGUUAGUGAUUUUUUCGCCAGUUCAACACCGACACAUUUACGCUUUUAAAUAGUGUUGUGAAACUAUAGAGCAGAACAAGAAAGACAAAGAAAACGUUUCUACAAUCGGCAGUUCGGAAUCAUCGAACGAAAAAGGAUCACAGUGCUGCGUUAGGUGAUCGUCAUAGUAAGUUGUACAACUUGAAGUAGAACACGCGAUAUGGGUAUCGGCAAAGAGACGAAUUGGGAAGAAGGCGCAGCAGCUCUUAAGGACUGGUUAGCAACACAACCACAUUUGCCACAGAAAAUCCAUCCAUUACUAUUGCAACGAUAUAUCCACUCGACCAAAGGAGACAUAGAAUAUGCCAAAAAGAUAUUCAUUCAUGGCUAUACAAUACGACAAAACAAUCCUCACCUUUUCAGCGAUCGUGAUCCUUUGGAGCCGAAAGUGCAGAAAAUCCUUCAGGCUAUUGACAUGGUUCCUUUACCACCAAUCGAAGGUUGUGAGGAUAGGUUCAUUUUUUAUCGUUUAGUUGACUGCGAUCCAGAUAAAUUCCAUUUCAAUGAUGUUAUACGAACUUUCUUCAUUAUCGCCGACAGUCGCAUGAUUCAAUCGGAUGUGCCAAUGAACAAUGGUGGCGACAUUCCUAUUUUCGACAUGCAAGGAUUCACUCUACGCCACCUGACCAAGGUGGUGCUUUCUAGUAUGAGAGUUUACAUGAAAUAUACACAGGAAGCUCAUCCAGUGCGAUUGAAGGCGAUACACGUUAUCAACGUCACUCCCUUCUUAGAUCGUGUAAUGUGUUUGAUUAAACCAUUUAUGAAAAGAAAAGUUGCUAAUAUGAUUCACUUCCACUUGCCCAAUUCAGAAACGCUCUUCGAACAUGUGCCGAAGGACGUGUUGCCUGAUGAAUAUGGUGGAAAGCAAUCGAUUACUAAGCAUAAGGCCGAUUGGAUCAAACGGAUUGAGUCGCUGAGAGAUUACUUCACUGACAACAGUCGAUGGAUGAUAGACGACGGCUUGCGAAAGAAUAAUAAUAACAACGAUGUGAUGUGCAAUACACUUCGGAAACUAGAGAUUGAUUAAACCGACGUGUGAGAUAAUUAGAUGUAAUACGGGUUUAAGUGGAUAUUUGUCUGAAAAAUGAAUUUCUAAAAAAAUGUUUUGCAUAGA